AUGGACCCCCUGACUAUCUUGUCAAUAGCGGCAUCAACCGUCCAAUUUUUGGAUUUUGGGUCGCGGCUGCUUACCGUAGCUUUGGACUCGCGCCAUGGGGGACCAUCCGCGGCGCGGGUCGAGGUGAACGAGCUAUUCGAAGAAUCUCAGGGGUUAGCAGCACGCGGCAAAGCGAUCGAAGAAAAGGCCCAACUUUUGACGGGCUUAAAUCGACCACUCUCAAUCACAGAAGCCGCACUUCUUAAAGAAUCCCGCCGUUGUGUGGCAGCCAGUCAGGAGAUUUCAGCUGCGCUUGGGAAACAUGUCCAAGACCAAACGACACAGUCAGUCCUGGACGCCAUCGGUGAUGCUUUCAAGCUGGUGUGGAAUGAAAAGUCCAUCAAGGAUAGCCAGAAGAGGCUGUCUGAUGCCAGGGAGAAACUGAUGUUUGCAAUGGUUUCCGACCUCUGGGAGCGGUCAGCCGCAGGCGAAGUGCCAGCAACCGGAGUAGCAACCGAGACCACAAAACACCAAGCCCUUAUUCGGCAACUACAAUCUCGGGACCAGGCAGAAGUCGAACCCUCGGCGGAAGCCCAGUCAUUAUUCAUCUACCACCAAAAGAAUAGCCGUGUGAACCUCAACCAAACCACAUCUGUCAGCGUGGACCCCGACGCUCAUGAUCCCUUGUACCUGGACGGUCUCCUUAGUACGCUUCACUUUGCUGCUUUAGACAGGCGACUCCAGGCGAUCCCGGAAGCAUACAGAAACACCUUCCAGUGGGUGCUACAAAAGGAACCUCGGCAAUCCGAGGGUGCUGACCCUCAACCUCUGUGGAGCAGCUUUCCAGACUGGCUUAGAGGAGAUUCGGAGAACAUUUAUUGGAUCACGGGCAAACCCGGGUCGGGCAAGUCGACUUUGAUCAAGCACCUCGUCAACCAGCCCGCCACUUUGUCGCAUCUCGCAGAAUGGGGAGGUGGUAAGAAGGUGCUCACGGCUAUGUUCUACUCGUGGGAUGCUGGGAGCGAGCUCCAAAAGUCCCAGGUUGGGCUUUUGCGAACCCUCUUGUACCAAGUCGUCCAACAAGCCCCUGAAAUCGCGCCGCGGUUAUUCCCAGGACGAUGGGCCAUGCAAAAGAUCUUUGGCGCCGCUUCGUUGCAACAUCUCCCACCAUGGACUUGGGAGGAACUUUUUGAGAGUGUCGGUGCCCUGGCCACACUGCCCGAACGAAACUUUAACCUUGCCAUUUUUGUCGACGGGCUGGACGAGUUCGCCGGUGACCACUCGAGGCUCAUCGACCUCAUCAGGCAGUUUCACAGUCAACCCGGAUUCAAGCUCAGGAUGGAGGUCCUCACCGAAACCGAUCUAAAAACCUUUGUCCAGGGCGUGGCACACGAAAACGUCGCCUUCAUGGAACUCAAAGACGCCUACCCAACCGAAGCCGACGAACUCCUCUCGAAAGUCGUAGAACGAGCCUGCGGCGUCUUCCUCUGGGUUUCCCUGGUCAUGAAAGCCGUGCUCAACUCCCUCACCGACGGCACCACGCUCAUCCACCUCGAGCACCUAGUCGACAGCCUUCCCGAAGACCUCUCCAAGCUCUACGAAAACCUCUGGCGCCGCGUCAAACCCAGCUACCAACGCGCCGGUUCCCGCCUCCUCCUCCUCUUCCGCGCCUACACCAACUCACCCCAACUCAACCUCAAAACCAACAAAAUCGCCCUCCCCUCCGGCAUGGAACCGUACAUCCUCUGGCUCGCCGACCGCCAUAACCCCCCUGAAGACAACCCCCGACGCAUCCUCCAAGUCCUCCGGCGCAAACUCGCCAGUCGCACCAUGGGCCUCCUCGAACUCACCCACCACGCCCACCACGUCAACUAUCUGCACCGCACCACCAAAGAAUGGCUCGACACUUUCUGGACGGACAUGGAAGCCCACGCGGGCCACGACUUCGAUCCCCACCUCGGCCUGCUACGCGCCAUCUCCCGCAGCGCGACCACCGACCCAGCCGCGCAGCGGAAUCGGUUGGAGGGAGCCCAGCCCGGGUCGUGGGAAUCGUACGCGAAUACGUGGGGUUGGAUGCUGGAGGCGUUUUAUCAUGCCGGGCGGGUGGUGCGUGAUCCGCAUGAUCGGUUGGUGGAGGCGCUGGAUAGGAUUGAGGGUGUGUUUAAGGGGUUGAGGUUUGUGACAACCACGAUGGUGCCGCAUGUUGCGCACUGGGCGAAAGUCAGAAGGGGGUCGGCGGCGGAUCAGUUUGGGUUUGUUGGGCUGGCGGCGGAGUUUGGGGUGUUUCGGUAUGUGCAAGCUAAAAUGAAGGAGGCGCCGUCGGAUUAUGCGAGCAUAAAAGGGGGCGAGGAGGACUUGGUGUCGUGUUUGUUGCUGGGGCCGGGGGCAAGGGGGUUACCGAAGCGGGAGUAUAAAGCGCUGGGGGAUACGGGGUUGAGGCAUCGUUUUGAGUGUAUUUAUAAGUUUGUGUUUGAGCAUAUGGCGUUCAAUCACGAGGAGCGGUAUCGUGUGGCGAAGGAACUGCUUGAUGCGUGUUGUGAUAGGAAGGGUAAGCUCCCUGCUGUGCUUCGGAUGAGACUGGCACCGCUGGCGGACCGGAUUGCGGUGCGGAACGAUCGGGGUUGGCCUCAAAGAGAAUCAGCGCAGGUUCUUGUCAAGGUGACAGGGAGUGAUGAGGCUGCAUAUUACGGUUACGCGGCCAUGGAACUGCUGGAGGAUUAUGGCGUUGGAGAAAGGAGAGGCGGCGUGAGGGAGUCUUUUAAGGCGUGGCUACAAUGGAAACUGGACGAUUUGGGGGGGCCUUGA